GUUGGAACGGAGGUAUUUAUCUCACUAUUGUUCAACCAAAGAUCACAAGUGAUCCGCUCCAACGUUAAGGUAAAUUCACGUUCCAGAUUCUGUUUCCUGCUGGCAAAAUUUUGAACUAGUUGUUCAUAAACCUGUUUCGUUAUAUCCAUGAGAGAACAAAGAAGGUUAUUUGUUAUUUCAAAACGACGGUGUAUCAAUGGUCGACGCUUAUUUCCUCUUCAUGGCUCUACUUUUGCAUAUCGUUAUUCUUCAGCUGCUGUCGAUAUAUGCUUCAGCAACGACGGUCAAUGUCACAAUAGGGGAAAACACAUUUAAGACCUGCACCUCGUCAUCGUGUGGCAAUGUAAACUGUGGAGAAGUACCCGGUGAUCCAACUCCUUGUCAUUGUGACCAGGCAUGUGAGUUCUACAACGACUGCUGCGGAGACUACAGAAUGGUCUGCUCUGGGACGAACUCUACAGAGAGCACAAGGGGUUUCCGUGAGACAGUGGAUGAUAUAGGAGGAGAGGUGAACACUGAGUGCAUCUCUCCGAACGCAGAUUCAUCAGAUGCUUUCUGGAUGAUUCAGUCAUGCCCUGAAACGUGGCAUGAUGCUGUUUUGCGCAAUAGGUGCACGUCAAAUGAGUCUUCAACAAACACCGAUUUGAGGCUCCUGCCAGUGGUCCAUGGUGGUGUUACAUACAGAAAUAUAUUUUGCGCUGUCUGCAAUGGUGUCGAGUUCUAUAGCGGCGGUCUCACUGGUUGGAAGUUUGAAUUCAGUUGCUUGAAACGGCAUGCAACAUUUGUCGAGUCCGAAAACAUAACAAUUCACGAACUCAUCAAUUCUGAAAAUUGCGAACCACGUUUUUCGCCUCCUUCAGGUGUGCCACAAAGUAGUCUUCGCCCAUGUCUGAACUAUAAUUAUGUAGCAGGUUGUCCGCCUGAUUCCCCACGGACUCUUCUAGAGGGAUGUAUGUCCUUUACUGGUAUCUUCACAGAAGAAUCGACAGGUCGAUACAAGAAUCCAUACUGCAAACUUUGCAAUGAGGGCGCAAUCAGUAAGAAUUGGACAACUGAUGAACAAAAAGAAUACGUGGAGAGAUUAUGCUCCUCUCCGGGGGAGUCUUUGACACCUGUCGUCGCGUCUAGCAGCAUUGGCAGCUUUAGCUUUCUAGACGAAUCUGGAGAACCCAGCGACAAUGAUAUCGGCAUGUCCCUGACACCGAUCUCCGUGAUUGUUGAUUUUUCUGCUAAGAGUAGUGUGUCCAUCUUCUAUUCUGAGAACAUGGUUGUGGAAAGGCAGGUGGCGUGUAACUUUGGUGAAGUCUACGAUCUGACGUCUGAUGGAUGUGUGGCAGUCACAUGUACUGAUGGAUAUACACUCACUAAUGGUAGGUGUGUCAGGGAUGCACCGUCGGUUAACCUUACAUGUGGUAACAAUAAUGCCAAUUUGGAGUUAUCCAUGACUGUGGUAAUAGCGACAGACAGCAAUGACACGUGCCUGAAACUGGAAAUUGAUAAAUUGGGUCAGCUUUCGAACUGCAUUGCUGUAAGCCUCAACUUGCCCAAUGAAUCAUUCACUAUUAAACAUCAAAUUCCACAGGAUAAUGUCACUAAACAAGUAGAUAAUAACACUAAUUGCAAGGAAGUUAUGCAUGAGGGACGGGCUUACACAUCCAUGGAAUACACAUUUUACACAGCAGUCCUUGAUUAUGCAGAGCUUGAAGACGCCAUCGACAGGUCGCUUCUGUACGUUUAUCAGCCAGCGAUGGGUUGUGAUAUUAAAGAUGUAGACAUUUCACGCAGAUGUGUCGCGAUAGAAGGGCUCCCCAAUUGUGAUCGCGGCCGUAAGGAACUUUCCUAUUAUCAAUUUCAAAAUCAUAAUGGCACAUCUUUUGUUUACGAUAAUGAGACGGGCAACCUCUACCAUCCAUAUGAGACGGAGCUAAUUGCGACUUACGACAGCCAAUAUCCUUCGACCAUUCGCAAGUUCCAUAAGAAAGAAGUUGUUCACAUCUGCGAUCGAGGGCACUUUCUUUCCUGUCCACUCAUAUCUCGAAACGUAUCAUAUUUCACCACAGUGGAAGGGAAGUCUAAUUUUCUAAGACAUGCAGCGACCGGGGAAAUACUUGGUCCAGAUGAAUACAUGGUGGCAGCAGAUGGUAACAUCCAGGUAUGUGUGCCAGAGGGAUCGGGUCAAAACGCAACAGUGAACGAAACUGUCGUGAAAUACUUUUUCCGGUACGAUCAGUCGCAGGUUAUUCUUAGCUACGUUGGUGUGUGUAUGUCACUCGUUGCACUAAUCGCCACUUUCCUGACGUACAGUACCUUCCCUGUCCUCCGACAGUGUGUCAGCAACAAACUUAUCAUGAUACUCUGUGUAGCUCUUUUUGCAGCUCAACUCCUGCAAUUACUGAAUGGCAUUGCAACAAGAAACGCUUACGCCUGCAUGAUAGUAGCAGUAAUCGGUCAUUUUCUGUGGCUCUUUGUUUUUGCCAUGACAACAGGUCUAGCGUUCGAACUGGAUAGGACUUUCGGCAGCUUGAACAACUUCAGCGUGUCCUCAGAUAGUCUCGUCUCGCUUUUGAAAUACACGACAUUCGCACUUUCCUUAGCCGGUGCCAUCGUUGCCAGUUGUCUUGGGAUUCAUUUCACAAUAGGGGAAGAGAUAGACUUUCAUUACGGCAGUGAAACUCUAUGUUGGAUUGGUGACAGGACUGUGAAUCUGAUAGCAUUUGGUGGGCCACUCGCGAUCUUCUUACUAUUCAACAUUAUAUUAUUUGGACACACAGUGCACGGAAUAAGGCAUGUGACCAAGAUUCGAAAUCGUGCUAUCCGGCAUUCUAGCACUUUAAAGGAAAGGGGAAAGGAGCUACAAAUAUAUUGGAAGAUAUCAACACUAUUAGGUUUCACCUGGCUUUUCGGGUUCGUAGCCGCUUUUGCAGGAGUGCCAGCCCUAUGGUACAUCUUCAUCAUCCUAAAUUCUCUCCAGGGCGUCUACAUUUUUCUUGCGUUCAUGGCCAACAAAAGGGUCUACCACCUCUGGGCCAGCGUACUGUGCUGCAGGACACGGGGUGACAAACUGACAAAGCAAGGAAAGGGCCAUCGCAGCAAUGGUAAAUCAACGACAUUGACACUGGUUGCAGGAACAGUAUCGACGACAUCUGAACACCGUAUCGCCAACCAGUUCACAACCUGGAACUCGAGUGCGACAAAGGUGUGACAUGUGGCUUCAAAUGUCUCAUUUUAUACGUUUACUUAGCAGAUCUUACGAGAAAUUACUGUAGAUUUGGGGUGUUGAUACAUCUUCUUAAUGCUCAGGCAAAAACAUUCGACACAAACACAUGUAGGUAUAAAAAAUAUCGCAUACAUGUAUUUAUUGGUUGAGAUCAAGCGACACCAGAAUAAAAAAAGAACAAACACCAACAAUCCUAAUCUUCAUCACAAAAUAAUUAUGUACUUAUUGUGUAAAAGAAUUAUAAAGCUAUCAAGAAGGAUAAUGAAAUUAAAAGUCAUUGCAUUUGGACCUACUCAAAUUCUGAAUAAUACUAAAAACUCUGUCCAUGUCAUUGCAUUUGGACCAACUUAAAUUCUGAAUAAUACUCAGAACUCUUUCAUGUUCGUUUUAAAUCUUGACGAUGAGACUUCAUGAAUACAGACACGAGUAAUAACGGUCUCAUCAUCGAUGAAAAUAAUGUCCAUUGAUAAGAAACAUUGGGAUGCUUUCAAACGUCUGAAUGGAUCCUAUUCAAACCAUUAACUGACAGCAUACACAUGAUCCAUCUUGCCUAAAAUGCAAAUCGAUGAUGGCAGGUCAUAUAAACAAAUACCUGGUCAAAGUUUCGAUAUGAGGAAAAUUCGCCAAAUUAGGAUUCACGCCAUUAAUAUUCAGAAAACAAAUAUGUUCGGUCAGUAUAAUUCGGCUAUUACCUUUGGCGUGUAAGAAUGGUUUUACAGGUAAUGUGUGGGUUAUUAUUUCUAAAGCCCCCGUUAAUUUUGUAAUGAUAUUGCACAUUGCGGCUCACCAUUCCAUAAUUAGGUAUAGAAUCGUGAUAAGCAAGCUAUCCUUUACAAAUAUCUCAUUUAUCAUAUUUAUGGUCAUACUCUGCAGUUCCAUUCUUAUUUCGUUUAACGUGACUGUGCACUAUUUCAUGUAAAUUGCAUAUGUAUAUACUAGUUUGCAGUUAUUGUGCUAUUGCGUCGAAGUGAUAUUUACACAUACAUGCAUUCGGGAAAAGAUAUCCCGCUUAUUCAACCAUCCUUUUAAUGGAUAACUUCUUUAGUUAGUAUUAUCUUCUUGGCUGAAAUAUAUUGGCAACAAACAAACCACUUCCAGAUUGGGAUUUUUUUUUCUUUUCAUCGAAAGGAGAAGUCCAAGGUGACAUUGAGUUGCCUUUAAAAAUCAGAAAAAUGCACCUUUUUGACGUCACCUUUCCCAAUGGACUCAUUUAGUAAAUCCCACUCAAAAAUGUAAUUUCUUCUGUAUCUACCGAAAGUAAAUUUAUCACAUCAUAGAAAUAAAUCAUAUCGCAAGAUAAUUUCAAAUACAUAUGCAUUUAAAAGAAAACAAAUUAACAAACUGACAUUAAAAAUAACGCAUAUGACUUUGAACUGGACGUAACUGAUGUGAAAACAUUUACAUUUUAAUCAAGCAAUACAUGUAUACUCCUAAUACUUUUCAGGCACCGUUACACAAAGAUUACUGAUCAUUGAAAUUUUGAAACAACGAUAGAUUAGUUGUAAGUGGAUUUGGAGAUCCUCAAACUCAUGCACCCAGUCAUAUUGAUUGGUCAUUGUUAUGUCCCCUUAUUUACUGCAAACCUUUGUGUUUAAUAGAAGCCCCGACAGCAUAGUCUUUGUUUUCAGGCACUUAACGAAUUAGCACAUUUACUGAAUAUCUCACAAGGAAUGAUAAAAAUACCCUGUAUCCUUUUGACCCUGUAAUCCACUUGGUAUAAAGUUUCAUAAGAUUGACCCUAAAAGGACUGGGGGGCAUGAUGCCCCAUCCCCCCCCCCCCUUGAUGCUUCGCGCGAUAUUUCCCAAAUGCAAAAUGAAAGCACCGCAAUUUUUAAAGACUUUUUUCUUUGAAGUCUCGGGCAACUCAAUCGCGACGCACGGGUAUAGCAUCGCGACGCCACGUGACUUAAUGGCUCAUUUUUGUGUACAAAGUCUAUGGGAGAUGAAAUUCAUAUAAGGGUGAUUAUUUUUCGUUCUAAUUGGUCUGCUUAAUUAAUUUAGGGUUUAAUUUAGUUGUUAAAUGGUCUGCAAUAAAUUCCAUUGAAAAAAAAAAUAACAAGGAAAAAAAAAAGAUAUACAUAAGAAAAUCUUAAAACAAAUACAUGAGGAAAAAUUUUUCUUUGUGAAAACCUGUAAAUUAGAUUACAAAGAUGACAUCUGG